ACUCUGCUCAUUUAAAAUCUGUUUCACUCACAGUAGAUACGUUCUUGCAAUAGCCUGCAUUUUACUAUAAAAACCUGUCAUUCCAUGGGACACAAGAUGUUUUAUUACUGUCGUCUUUGAAACAUGUUUGAUCUACCCCAUAACAAGAUAAGUAAUUCCUUUACAACAUACUAAGCUUGCAGUGUGCUAUAAGCCAUAUCUUCACUUCAUUUGCAAUUGUGCUGUAGGCAAGCACUUUCCUCUUAGUUUGUUCCAGUUGUGGACUCUGUUAGAGACUGGAAUGUUAUGGCUACUUUUAGAGCAUUUCCUGAGCUGAUUUGUUUUUUCCAUUCAUCUCUUUGCAAAUAGAGGUAGAUUUAAAAGCCUUGGAAAACUACUUGAAAUUACUCUUGAGAGUCUGGGUUAUAGAAAACACUGGGCCAGUAAAGGGGAGAGAUGAUAGAUUACAUAAAUUCUGCAUUAGAGCUUAGAAAAGGUAUGAUAAAAAAUUGCAUUUCUUAGUGUCUGGUGUCUCCAAAUGCCAUGUGACACUGAACUACCAAAUUGCUCGUCUUGACUUCUGACUCCUUUUUUUUUAGCUUUCAUUCAAAAGCUGCAUAUAAACUGUAUGUAAGCUUAAGAUGUUUUAAUUUGCAUAUGCAUUAAUAUCCUGUGGGAAGAAAAUGUUCUUGUGAGAUAAAGUAAUGCCAUCACACAUCUUGAGACAAUUUGGUAGCUGCAUACUGACUGUUGGUUUUAAUUUGAUACAGUUUUAAAUUUCAGAAGAAAGAAAUAAUUUAUGUUUUCUGUAGUUAACUGGGUGUUUGGUGUUCUCUAAAAUAUUUCUCUCUAAAAGGAAGAAACAGUGUCACAAGCUUACGAACUUGUAAGGGGUAACCAUAUCUAGACCACCCAGGCUGAUCAGGUGCUGCAUCAGCAAGUUGCACAGUAAGGGUACGGGUAUAAUAUUAAGUCAAAUGUGGGAGUUUUAUGUUUUAGAGCAGAUUUAAGUAGCCAAGUAGCAUAACCAACUUUCAGAAAUUUUUUUGCAUUAUUCUAAACUAAAGGCUUGUUUUAUGUUGUCUGAUUUGUAUCUAUUGAAGAUCUUAUGUUUAUGGUUGCCAAGUUAGAUAAGCCCCUGAGAGGAGAUUAAAGCUCAGUCCAGAUCAGGAAAAUGAAGAACUACUUUGAAAAACAGGCUGCACAAGUGCAUGUGUGUUGGGUAAAUAGAGUGUGGUAGAAGGAAAGGGAAGAAAAGCAGAGGAUAAAAGGUAGGUGAUCAUGAAGUAACUCAGUCUGUGACUGCAUGUAUAGUUGGUCAGCAGAUCAGUGACAAUGUUUUCGGCACUAGCUCCAUCUUCAGCACAGCAACAUUGCAUUUGAAUAUGGGUAUCAACUAAAUGUAGUAGGUUCCCUACUGAUUUGACCAUUACUGGUUGAUUUUUUUUCCUGUUUGCCAGGAAUUUAACGGGUGUUAACAAAGCAUGCUUGUAUGUACGUAUUUGGAAAAUAUAUAGGGUCCUUCAUAAAGAGGAUAGAAAGUAUGUAAAUGUAUAUGUUACUGGGUGACACCAAAGAUAAUUGCUACCCAGCAUCUGCCAGUGUGUUCUAACCAGAACAGUAGAUUCAUUUGGGGAAAUUCAUGUAAUCUUUUGUGAAAGCAUCUGACCAUAACUGUGGAAAGAGGGGUUAGACUACGCAGACUCACUGUUUUCUGCAGAAAACUUGUGCUCAAAGAAGCAUUUCAUAACUGAUAUGCCUGGGCUGGCUUAGUUACUUUCAUGCCUACAGUUAUAACUUUGCCACUCUAGGUGGCAAUACACAUUCACAGUAAGUUACCAUGAAUCUGGAAAAUGUUUCGGGUAUGCUUUUAUUCCAGACUGCUACUGAAAAUUCAAGCAGUGACAUCAUGAAUGCUAAUCAUUUCCUCGCUGUGAUACAUAAAUAAGGGCAGAUCAACUCAAAAGUUCCUGAUCAUAAGGUGACACAAGGUUUUCAGCAUAACUAGAGUAACAACCUUGUGUCAAGGAGUUAUGAUUUAAUUCUCUCCAAAUCUCAUCCCCCAAAGAAAAAACAAACCAAAAAGCAGCUGACCAAACCCUAUUAUCAAUUUAAUACAUGGGAUUUUGUUGUUACUGCUUUGUGUCACUGUUUCCUUUAGUUAGAACUGGGGAACAGGCUUUAUCAGAUUGUGUGUUGGAUGGAAACCUCAGUUGGUGGCUGAAGGCUGCUUAAAGUGUCUAAUGAUAAUAUGAGGAAGAAAAAGGUAAGUGCUAAUUCAUAAGAAACUAACUCAUGAAGAGGUAUUUAAAUGUUUCUAUAUAAGGAACUAUUUCUGAUGUAUGAAGAAAAUUGGAGAAGGGAGAUAUUUGUUUUCCUAUUUCCUGAUUAAAAUUUAUAUUUCAUGCUUUUUGUAUUAGAGAAUUUGAUGGUGAUGUAUAGUAUAUUUUAACAGGGUAUUUCAAUUACUAUUGCAUUUGCAAGUAAUAAUUGUAGUUGAUAGUAGUUUAUGUUUUUAAUGUUCUUAGUGAAGUAUUUUUGUAUUCAUGACCUCUCAGUCACUUCUAAGGAACUUAAAAUUAAGUCAAUGUUCUUUCUUCUCUUAAAGCCAUACAGAUAAGAACUUUUUCCUCUAUUAAAGAAAAAAUAGUUUUUCUAUUAGUGAUACGUUACCAUUCCCAGGGGGAAAAAAUGUGAAAGCAGGAUGGAGGCAAAGUGAAUUUUUGUUUGUAUGUUUACUUUAUUUUUAAAAGUAUUAUGGUCGAUGAUUGUUUUCUUGCUUUUGUCUUAUUUUACAAUAAUGAACUUUUGAAAGAAGGGCUGUGGACUAGCCAAGCAUUACAUUUUUUUUUCAAUUUUUUUAUAUGAAUGCUUGCAGUUCAUACUUGGAUUGGAAUAUGACUAAUUAAGUGAUUUACUAAGUAUGAGAUUGAGAAAAUUAAACAAAAAUAGCAUUGUACUAUCGACAGUGAAUUUUAAGCUAGAGAAAAGCCUUUCAUGCAGAGCUAUGAAUGGAAAUGAGCCAUUCAUUGUUCUCUUGCACAGGUGAAUUUUGUAACAUCCUUCAUUUGAGUAGUACACAGAUUCUCUUCCAUCUAAAAUGAAACACAAUAAUUAUAUUGGAUCUAUGCAAAGUGUCAAAUACCUCUCUCUGAAGCCUGAUACUACAUGCUGGAUAUUUUCUUUAGAUACUUCAACUGCAGGGUAUGAAAAUUGCUUUUAGUUUCUUUUAAUUCUUGGAAUUAAAAAAAACAAAAAAGCCAAACCCAACCAACCAAAAAAACCAACAAGAAACAAAACAAAAAAUAAUUUCCCCACCUUAUUUUGAUUCUGAUUACAUAAUUAUUAUGUAAGAACUGCUUUGGCAUAGAGUAAGCCACCAAAAUAUUUUGGUUUCAUGAUCAUCAGUUGGAAACUACAGUUUUUAAAAAAAUCAAUCACAAAAGGUUGCAUCUAUGUAUGCUAUAAUAUUUUUUCUUAUUUUACCUUUAUGAAAUUGGAGAAACCUGUGAUUGAAAAGAGGAAAAACUACUUCAGACAAACCUUUAUAUUUCCAAAUGUGUAAUGCGUAAAUACAGAUUUUAAUUGUGGAAGUUUAACUCAUAAUUCUGAAGUAUAAUUGUGAAAUACAAUAUGAAAAUAAAAAUCAGUCACACUGCUUUGAUGUGAUUUUCCCAAGCGUGAAACUAAAUUAAUUUCCUCUCCUAAGCUAGUCAGUUUUUCUUCAGAAAGGAAAAAUACUUUAGAUGUUUUCCUAUGAGGAAGGAAUUUAAGAGAAUACUACUUAAAAUAUUGCUUAUGCUGAUUCCUGUGACAAUAAAAACUAUAAUUUAAAAACAUGCUAUAGCAAUUACAUUGGUAUAGAAAUCAUGUAAAGACUAAGAUUCUGUGUUAGAAGAAUGUUGUUUUAGAAAUGGGUGAUUGGUGCAAGGGAAGAAUAAACUUAAUUUCUUGAAUAGAAGUAAACUUAAAUUUGCUUUCCUUUUAGAAAUCUAGGUACCUAAAGGUGAAAUUAGAGCAGCAGCAAUGAACAGCCAGGUUAAUCAGUUUGACUGUUCAUGUUAUGGUAUGUUUAUAUUAUUUAGUAUAGUAGUAGUAUAGUUUAGUAGUCAGAACACUAUUUAAAGCAUUGGUUAUUCUAACAGUGCACUGCCAGCUGACACCAGCAUCUGCUGGUAACUGCCUGCUGCUAUCAACAGGGGGUACUCAAAGCCAUGCCCUGCAGGCCAGGUACAGCUUAUAGGGUGAAUCCAGAUGAUUCCCUGGCUCCUCUGCCAUGGCUUGGCCAUAGGGAUGUGCCUGAUGAGGAACCCAUGCCCAGACCCCACAAUUGCUAGGGUAGCCUGUAAAAGCAAACAGUCAAGUGUUCCUUGCCUGCAGAGCAGUCAGCACUUGUUAAACACAUGUGUCACAUGAACAUGGAUGUGUCUGGUCUUUGGAAGACUGACACAGACGAUAGACAGUACUAUUCACCAUGAAACUGCCCAUCUUCUUGAACUGUAUAAUCUGGCAUUGCUUAAAAUCUUGUGUUCCACUCUGAGAAUGGGUGUGCUCAGUGUGCUUCAGAGACAUCCUAGUGAAUUCAGGUUUUCCUCUUGCCUCCAGCCAUAGGUCACUAAAGGACAGACUUCCUGCUUCCUUAGUGAAGCAUGAUGCUCCAUGUACAUUCAUAAUUGUUUAACCCUUGAUUUUCAGGUAUUUGAGUUUUAGGUAAUUUUAGUUUUUUAAAUUUUUUUGUGAAUAGUUGAUUUUUAGGUAAAUAAUUUUCAGUUCAAAUUAAAGAGAUCAGUUGUGGAUACGGCUCAUUUUUCAGGUUUUAGCACAAGGAUUUUUGUUUGUCUCCUUUAAAGCUCAAAGCAUUUGCUUUGGCAUAUCUUUGAAUGUGAGUGCAAACACAAACCUCCAUCUUCCCAAUUCUAACUUCUGUAUAGUUCCUGUGAGAAUGAUACCAUAAAAACAUAGAAUGUUAAAGGCCUUAAAAUCAUUUUGAUGAGAUUUAAAAUCUAGUCCCAAUCCCUGCUACCAUGGAAAGGGGCAUCUCCCACUAGACCAGGUUGCCCAAGGCCUUACCCAGCCUGGCCUGGAACACUGCCAGGGUUGGGACAUCUCCAGCUUCCCUUCAGGUACUGGAAGGCUGCUGAGAGGUCUCUUCUCCAGGCUGCACAGUCACAACUUUCUCAGCCCGUCUUUGUAGUGGACACGUUCCAGUCCUCUCACCAACUCGUGGUCCUCCUCUGGACCUGCGCUGACAGAUUGGUGUCCUUAUGCUGGGCACACCACAGCCGUACGCAGGGUAGGUGACUCCAGGUGGGUCUCACAGAGCAGAGCGGAGGGGCAGAAUCACCUGUUUUAAUCUGCUGGCCACACUCCUUUGGAUGUAGCCUGGAGUGCUUUUGGCUUUCUGGGCUGCAAGUGCACGCUGCUGGCCCAUGUUGAGUUUCUUGCCAGCCAUCACCCCCAAAUCUUUGUCCACAGGGCUGCUCUCAAUUACUUCUCUGCCCCACCUGUGGGUGUAUCUGGGUACACCUGAGCCAGGUGUAGGACCUUGCACUUAGGUUUGUUGAAUUUUAUGAGGUUUGCAUUGGCUCGCCUCUCUAGCCUGCCAAAGUCCCUCUGGAUGGCAUCCCUUCCCUUCAGCAUGUUUGUACCACUUAGCUUGAAGUCAUUGGCAAACAUGCUGAGGGUGCUCUUGCUCCCACUGUCCUUGUCACCAAUAAAGUUGUAAAGGAGUAUCAGCCCCACAGCAUGCCUAGCUUGUGCCUAGUAUGACAAAACAAGGUGGGAAAGCAAAAUACAGAUUUUGAAAAUUGUUUCAAAAUGAGGAUUUGAGAGCUCUGGAGGAAAUAUCACUGAAGAAUCCAUGUGCCUGUCAUUUGACACAGUCCAGGAAGCUGAGUCAGACAGAAUUCUUACCUUUUAGGAGUACUCUGAAAGGUGGUAAUUUUGAAAAAUCUGUUGGCCAGUGUGAGGGAAUGAGAGAGCAAACAGAGGAGAGGCAAUGUUCCCUGAGGACUAUCCUACAAAACCUUCAAGACUGCUUAUUCUUAGAAGUAGGAAUUAUGUUAUUGGUCAAUAAAGGCUCCCCAGAAACCUGGAAAGUUUUAAAUGUGAUACUGUUUAGCUACACAUACCACCUGAGGAGUCAUUGCAUGUUGAGUUAGAAACCACAAUGUUAUCCUUUGAUCCUGGCUCUUCUUUGUGUUUGUCUUCAUUACCUGAAAGGACGUUGUAGUGAGGCAGAUGUUGAGGUUUUGUCCCAAGUAACAAAAGAGGACAAGAGAAAAUAGCCUCAAGUUGUGCCAGGGAGGCUUAGAUUGGAUGUUAGGGUAAGUUUCUUCACUGGAAUGGUUGCCAAGCAGUAGAAGAAAGCUGCUCAGGGAAGUGAUAGAGUCACCAUCCCUGGAGGUUUUUAAAAGAUGUGUAGAUGUAGCACUUAAUGACAUUGUUUAGUGGUGAACUUGGCACUGCAAGGUUAAUGGUUGGUUGAUCUUAGAGGCCUUUCCCAAUCUAAAUGAUUGACUGGCUCUAUAAUUGUUGCCCUGUGAAAGUACAUUGUGCUUCUCUAUAACUGUAAAGCAUUUAUCCACAUGAGAUGGAGGUUACUACACCUUAAAAAAAGCUGCCAAGCACACUCCUACACAAAGUCCUCUUUGAAUGCUUCCACUAAUUUUCCUGCUAAUUUUUUGUUAAGAGAAUUUACUAACAGAGACUAGAGACACCAUGUAAAGUGUUGUUUCUCCAUUUUGGACUGUGAUGUCCUUCUGUAGGAAGCAGUAUGGUGGUUUCCAUGGGACCACUAGCACAGAAACUAUUUGUGGCUGUAACGAGAUUAAACCGUUCUAUCAGAUUUUGUUCUUUGGGUUUAUACCAGGACUAAGGAUAUUUCAGAAUGCAUUCCAGGAAAAUUAUGGUUAGUUAUUUGUGAUUGUGGCCAUCAAGCUGAGAAAACACCCCACUAUAUAUUCCUGCCAACUUAGAAACUCUGAAGUUACAAGAACAGUUUUUCUUGUAGAGUAAGUUCUGCAUACUGUCUGAUUGACUUAAAAUAAUUCUUCAUACAUUCUAAUGCAACAUCAGGACUGUCUUGAAGGAUUUUGAGCCAUGCUUAGAUAUCAAUAACUACUUGUUGCAUGGGUGACGUGCCUAAAAAAGAAGAUAUCCUCUCAGUGUGUAAUUCGCCAUUCAAAAUUCUCUGCCUUCUUGCCUCUGCUUGUUUGCAUGAUAAAUGAAGCACAUUUUUCAUGUGAACAAGUAGAUGAUUGACAUUUAUAUGCCUGUCUGGGUUCUGCCAUCUUUUAAUAAAAUUAUAAUUCUAUUUGUGAUGAGGGAAGUAAUGUUCUCCUUUGUUGGCAGAUCAGUUUCUAAUAACAGUGUGCAUUGGGAAGCAGGAGGGAAGAAUUCCUAUGAUCAGUCCUGGAAUAAUUAUUGUAUAUAUACAUACUGUGAAAUAAACAAUAAAGCAUGACUUAAGCUCACUCCAGGAGGCUGCCUUCACACAUCGUGUGUAGAAGGGAAAGACCAAGCAGAAAAUUCUGUUUCGUUGUAGUUCAGAAUCUUCAUGGUAAAACAAUAUUUAUAUUUUGUGCUAUAAUGAACAACAAUCUGCCACAAUGCCUUUCCACAGCACAAUAAAGCAGAGGCUGAAAGAAUCAUCAUCUGAUGAGUGUGUUCAAUAUAUCUGCUGCCGGCUUUUGGUCUUUGGUUUGCUACUUUAGUUUUUGUUAGAUAAAUAAGCCUGAAAGCAGGCUGAUUUGCUGAUGGUGAUAUGAAUGGAGAAAAAUCUAGAAGCUGUCUACCAGUUUUAUUCCUCCCUCCUCUCUUUGCUGCAUCAUUAGUUCUUGAAGGUCUGCUAGGGCACUAAGGCAAAGGUAAAGGUGUGUGUGUAGUCUUAUGAAACUUGGUAUCUUCAGUGUGCUUGGACAUGAUGAAACAACGAAACUGGGAGUUGCCUCUAAAACAGAUUAGUGCAUGAGAUGCAAAUAAGUUUGGGCUUUUUCAUUCCAAAGACUAUGAACAUCUAGCAGAUUCUGCCUGAUUAAACUUAAUGGGUGGAAAAAAACCCCAAAAACAUUUCAGUGCAGUUUUCUGAAUAUGAGGUAUGAUGUAACAGAUCUUAGGAAACAGAGUGGGUAUCUGGAUGUUUAUGCUUUUGCAGGCUGCCUAUGGAAACAACAGGAACAAACCCUUUGGACAUGAAAAGCAGGAGAUGUGAUGCACUGUUCCUAAUGACCGCCCAAGAACUGAGCUGUCUGCAGUGCUUUUGAAGUGACAGCUUAGACACUGGAAAUAAAGGACUAACAAAAAAAAAGGCUUAAAGAUGGACAAGCAAGAUAGCACUGGUCUUAAGCCCCCCAAAUCUUGGAUCGAAGAGGUCUUCAGUAAAAGAGAAUGUGUGCACAUUAUUCCCAGCUCAAAAGAUCCACACAGAUGUCCUGCAGGAUGCCAGGUGUGCCAGAAUUUAAUCAGGUGUUGCUGUGGACGGCUGAUUGGAGAACACCCAGGAAUAGAAUACAGCUGGCCUGCUUAUCAGGCUGGUUCACAGAGUGAUGGUGGAGAAUGGUCUGUGCAAAAACACACAAAGAUGAGUCCAACAGAUGCUUUUGGUACAAUCAAUUUUCAAGAUGGAGACCACACUUACCAUGCCAAGUAUAUUAGACUCUCUUAUGAUAGCAAUUUGGAUCAGCUGUUGCACCUGAUGGUUAAAGAAUGGCAGAUGGAAUUGCCAAAGCUAGUGAUUUCUGUUCAUGGAGGCAUUAAAAAUUUCAAGCUCCCCUCAAAGGUCAAGCAGGUUUUCAGCAAAGGGCUGGUGAUGGCAGCUGAGUCUACAGGAGCGUGGAUAAUUACAGAGGGCAUCAACAGCGGAGUGUGCAGGCAUGUGGGGGAUGCACUGAAAGGCCGUGCCUCACCACACCUGAGAAAGAUCUGUGCUAUUGGGAUUCCUCCUUGGGGUAUCAUUGAGAAUCAGAGUGAUCUCGUUGGAAAAGAUGUAGUUCGCCUGUACCAGACUCUUGGUAACCCACUCAGCAAGCUGAGUACGCUCAACAGCAUGCAUUCUCAUUUUCUAAUGGCAGAUGAUGGGACAGUAGGCAAGUAUGGGAAUGAAAUGAUGCUCAGGAGGAAUUUGGAGAAGUACAUAUCACUUCAAAAAAUACACACAAGAAUGGGCCAAGGUGUACCCAUAGUGGGGCUGGUGCUGGAGGGAGGCCCCAGUGUGAUCCUGAUGGUGUGGGAGUACGUCAGGGCCAGCCCGGCUGUCCCAGUGGUGGUCUAUGAGGGCACUGGCAGAGCUGCGGAUAUCCUGGCAUUUACCCACAAACAUAUGGGUGAUUCGGGGUGA